AUGCCAGCAGCAAGAUCAUCCAGUGGCAACGGCCCCUCACACCCCGGUUCAGCUUCGGCUUCUCGACCCGGGUCCACAAAGCCAGGUACUCCUUCUCAGUCUCCAGCGGCGAAUUCGAGUUUGAUACUCAGAAAGCAGCUCUUAGAUUUCCAGAAGAACCCUGUCGAUGGAUUCUCCGCUGGCUUGGUGGAUGAGAGUAACAUGUUGGAAUGGCAGAUUGUCAUCAUUGGUCCAGCAGACACAUUAUACGAAGGAGCCAUUCUCAAAGCUCGUCUCAUUUUCCCUCCUGAAUUCCCCCUCUUACCACCAAAAAUGAUAUUCGAUACGGAGAUGUGGCAUCCGAAUAUAUAUCACAAAGGUGACAAAAAGGGAGAAGUGUGUGUAUCGAUCUUGCACGCGCCAGGUGAGGACGAAUGGGGAUACGAAGAUGCUGGUGAGAGAUGGUUACCCGUGCAUACGGUGGAGAGUGUUCUUGUCUCUGUCAUCUCGCUCCUUUCCCAAGAAGUCCCAGAUCUCAGCUCUCCAGCAAACGUCGACGCCGCUAAAGAAGUCCGAGAUGAUUUCCCAUCAUACAAGAAAAAGGUGAAAAGACUAGCACGUCGAUCUGCAGAAGAAGCUUACGACUAA